AUGACAAGUGCAGAAAAAUAUAUUUUCACGGAACUGGAAGCAGCUACUCUACUGUCGGUGACCGAGGAAAAUGGAGUAGUGACUACCAUCUAUGUUGCACCAUGCACCAUGGAGGAGGAUCUUCUGGAGCCCGAAUUUUUUCCGGAGGAUAACCAACUGAUGUACCACUGUCCCUACUGUGCCUGUGCUAUCCGUUCAGCAAAAGCUUUCAAAGUUCAUCUUAAGGCCUGCCGCAAGGACAACAAAAACAAGAAGGAGGAUGACAAGCAAAAAAAAGAAAAUGAGAAGGAUGAAAUAUAUCAGUGCAUAGUGUGUGACCAAGACUUUGAGUCAAUCGCACACCUCUACUGCCACAUAUUGGUGCACGAAACCUCAUUUGAGGCCCUUCGCUGCGGAUCCUGCAACGUAAAGUUUGAAACCGACCAGGAGUACCAGGCCCACUUGAAAAGUCAUCUAGAGCCCGAGCCGGAAGAGCUGGAAACGGAGAGCAGCGUUACCAAAAGUUUUGAUUGUAUUUUAUGCGGAAAGCACUUCCUAGCCACAUUCCGACUAGGCCAUGUCACCCAUCGCUACGCCUGCGACAAUUGCUUAAAGAAUCACAAGACCAAGGAAUCGAAUGGAAUUCCGACGCUUCCAGCCCAGGAGAAGCCGGAGUGGACAUGCGAUCGUUGUGGACGUGUGUACAAGCUGGAGGGGUUUCUCUUAAGACACAAGAACCAUUGUCAAGGACGCAAGACGAGGAAGGCUCGCCAAUACAAAGUUCAUAAAAGCGACUUUUUUUGA